AUGGAUGAUACUCUGGAACGUCAUAUUUUAUUUCGUCAUACUAAUGAAAAAUCAUUCCCCUGCCCUUAUUGUCCUUUAGCAUUCAAAGUUGCCGAUAUUCUAGAAAGGCAUCUAAAGGCUAAACAUAAUAAGAUGGAUGAAUCAGAAGAGGACAAUAAUGUAACACUAACUGAUUCAUCAAUCCAAAUAGUCAAUAAUCCCAUCGAUUUAAACGCUGAGAAAAGGUCUUCCUACUCGACAUCUAUUGCUCCUGUUCAUGGACCAUUGGCUCAGGCCGGUGCACUACCCCUUAUUAAUACAGAUCUGUUAACCCUUACAGAAACUGAUACUACUCAGUACUCGUUAGAUAGAUUUAUUUGUCCUCAUGACGGCUGCAAUUACAAGACGAACAAACGGAGUGGUUAUCUUAUUCAUAUUGGACGUAAGCAUAACCUACUUCCAGCCAGUUUAACUGCUCCAUCAGAUCAACAAAACAACAGUUGUGAAGAUUCUUUAAUUAAUAAUUCACAGGAACGCUUGUACAUUUGUCAUCUGUGUCAUACAGUUAAACGGCGAGGUUGGGAUUUAUCUAAACAUUUAGUCAGCGUGCAUCACUUGUCUCGUCCAUCUGGUCAUGCACGUUUCACUUAUACAGUAUCAAACGAUGGACAUUAUCGUCUACAAUUAACUCGUCUUGAUACUGUCGAUGUAGCCGCUGAACUACUCGGUGAAAAUGUUGUCAGUAAGCUUCUGGUUGAGACUAACACAAAUCAACAAUUGCCUGUAUGUCAAUAA